AUGUUACCGGUCUUCUAUUGGAAAGUGGUGGUUUCAGAUAAUCGUUACCUCGAAGUCCUAUCAUACGGGUCACAAUGGAUCAAACCAGAGGAAGUCAUUGAUAUACUUCUCUCCGAGCACGUACUACGUGAGCUCAAGCAGCGAGAGGAAGCGUUAAAGUACCGGAUUGUAGCCUUUCAAAAGGCCAAGGAAAUCCAAUCUGAGGACGAUUCCGAGCUUGAGAAUGCCAAUAAACAGCUCAAAGAGACGCGUUCAAAAGUUCCAAUGAAGGAGCACGCCCUUUACCGAGCAGUUUCCAUGUUGGAUUCCUACUUCAAGGGCAUCGCGGCGGAUGUUGUAGUCGAGCAUGUGGAUGCUGCUCACAGAGGCAUCAAUGCCACGGAGGAAAAGGCAUCGGCCACUGCACGACCGAGUGUUGGUGCUAUCGCCAUAUUUGAUAAAUAUGGCAAACUGCUUUUUUCGCCCUUUGCCAACGCCGCCUACCCCGGCUCUAAGCACACCGAUUCCGGCCUCGACAUCCUCACAGCCCAGACCGUGGUGGUGCAAAAUUUUUAA